AUGAGUGACACUAAACAUUUCUUAAAUAUCUCUGCAUGUAUAAAUUGUGGUAAGUUAAAUAACAAUUUACAAUCAAAUUAUGAAUGCAAAUACUGCCAUAAAAAAUUAGACAAGUAUUUUGAGGUUAACGACACACUUCUACUAAUCGAUCUAUUUCUAAUAAAAAAAGAAGUAUUAAGACAUAUUAUGUUUAAUAAAAAGCCAUCACUAGUAAGAUGUAUAGCUUAUGGUGUUUUACUCUUAAUAAGUAAAAUAUUCCUGCAUGAAUUUUAUAACUCCUUCGAUUUGCUGAAAUGUUUUGUCUCUGAAGUUCUACAAUUUAUGCUGUAUUUUUAUAUUUUAAAAAUAUAUUUGCAUUUAAAAUGGAAAGAUUUUUUAAAAGUUCUCUUUUUAAGCUACUACUGGAUAUUUAACUUUAUACUGAAAAUUUGGAACUAUAAAGGAAUUGAAUAUGAACUGGUAGUGGAAUUUAUAGUCUUGCAUAUUAAUACUACUGGUCUAAGCUGUCUUUGUGAUAAUACGGUAGAGGAUAUUUUUAUGAUAUGCUUUGUAUCAAGAAUUGUGUCUAAAGGAUUAAUUAGAGGAUUAAUUAAUUUGUGA